AUGAGUACACACCAACGUCAGCAUCCCGUUUCCGGCAAGGUCGACCUCAUCCGUGACAAUACGGUCAUGGCUGAGAUGCAGCAAGCGAUGGCUGCUAUGGGAAGUGCCGAAGAAGCCUCUUUUCGCCCUGCAUCACCCAUAAGCCAUUCGACCAGAGGCUUCUGUAAGACGUGCGAUAACAUCGUCGGAGACUUUUACAACUCCUGGCACAGGAUCACCGGGAGCUACUACGUCCCGGCACUUCUCGGCUCUUACAGCAUAUCCUUGAAAAGUACAGGCAAGCAGAAAGCAGCGUCCAAGGGUACAGAUCUAGAAGGAUGUACCAUUCAACCUUUGGUGUGUCCUCAUCCCAGCUGCAACAACAUUCCGCUGGGCUUUACCGUUGUCACUGCGCCUGCAGUAAAGGGUAACUUCCGUGGCCGAGAUUUCUUCAAGCUGAGUCGCAUUGAACUGCGAUGCGCAAGAGCUGGAACGGAUCAAUACAUUGUGGUAGAACCUCGUGAAGACGCUGCACCCGAAUUACUCGCGAUUGAGGACACCCCCAGUCCUUCCUCGUCCACAUCAACACCAAAAGCGUCGUCAACCGAAGCCAUGGAAGUCGACUCACGCCCACCAUCAUUCUCACAACGUGUUGGAUACCCCCACGGACUACGUGGACAGCCUCACCACCAUCGACCACAGGCAUUGCACCAGCUCGAUGUCAGUCGACACUUGGUGGCAGCACCCCCACUGUCAAUGCACUCUCCAAUACCAAGUCCAGUGCAGACCAUGAUCCAGAAGACGACAAACAACCCAGUAUCCCCUCCGUCUGCUGCGGGAGACUCUGUCAAUGGGGAUCGUAUCUCCAACCGGGAAUCCUCUCGAGAGUCUGCCACCAACCCUCCAUCAGGCGCAGUUCAAGUUCAAUCUCCUCGGAAGACAUCCCAUACAAACGGAUAUACGUAUCCUCGCUCACCUCGUGAGAUUGGCAUUGAGGCCAUUGAGCGUCUGCAAACGCAGAUCUCCCAGAACAGUGGUGCCUUGUCAGCUCAUACCCGAGACAUAAGGCGCGGCGAAGAGUUCACCCAGCAGCUAGAAGCAACGCUUCGUCAAGAGUUCCAAACUCAGUUGUUCCGGCAAAAUGCCGAUAUCCAAAGAUUGGAGGAGUCACAGCAAAGGCUCCACCAUGACGUGCAGGGUAUGCGCCAUACCAUGGAGGCUAUCAGGCAUGAGUUGCAGGCCAUACGAGUGGACAAGCAGUCACGUGCGGGGACUACGCUCGACCGAUCGUUUCGUGGACAAGAAGGAGCGAUUGAAGUCAUGGCAAAGCAGAUUGCCGAACUAUCGCACAAGACGAGCGACAUGGACCAUCUCAAAGUCCACAUUGAGAUUAUGAAGGGCAAGAUACAUCGCCUAGAACAGGCCGCUGCCCAUGCAGCUUCACGGCCACCUCUACAGCCCUACCAUGCGAUCAAAGCACCGGUAUCACAGCCGCUCCAACUACCCCAUAUGGCAGCUCCGCCACAUCGCGCUCCUCCAGCAGCGCCUCACAGUGAAAAAGCCUUGCAACCAACAACAGAGGUUCAGCACCGCCGACCCUCUUUUCCGGUUCCUUCCUCGGUGCCCGCAGCAGCUAGCGUCGCGGUCACAGCACCACCACCUACUCCGACUACCAGUUGGGAAGCUGUCAAUGCCGGGACCAAGCGACCCUACCAAAAUGGUGUCGAGAGUCCGCGUGAAGCAACUAUAAACAUACCAAGUUCCCCCAAGAGACAAAAACUGGACAGCACCACAACGCAGGCACCUACACCCACAACACAAACUCAGACGGACUCUCCGGAACCGACUCUUGCGUCGCAAACGCAGCAGUCCAUCUAUGCUCCAUGUGCUACACAGGAUAUGCCUUCAGACCAGAGCUGGCAGCCGGAGUCACAGCAUAUGAUUGAACAUCGGCCUCGCGGCAGCAGACGUGGUGGAGGGCCGGGCAGUCGCGGUGGUAGAGUGAGGAGGAGCAUGCCAGGCCAUCUGCAUGACACGCCAGAAUGGGACAAAGACGACUGGCACGCCGACUCGCAGACCAGCCCAGACAACUUCCAUGACAGCGUCUCACGUGGCGGGCGUGGAGGCAUCGCGCGCCGUGGCAGCGGGGGCGGGGGUGCUCGUGGUGGCUACGCCGGCAGCGAACGUGCAACAAGUCUAGGUCUUCAAGGUGUGUCAACCGGCAUGCACUUUGGCUUCGGGUUGUCACAAGACUCGCUGUAUGGAUCUGGGAAGAAGACUCGCACAAAGCCCAUUCGCAACGCAGACGGUGUUCUCAUCCGCAAAGACGGUCGGCCAGACAUGCGCUCGCAAUCCUCAGCCGCCAAUCUCCGCAAAGUGCACCAGAGAAAGGAGGGGGAUGCUAGCCACUCGCCAACAAGCUUCACCCCUACGAACGCCCGAUCAGUUGACACGCCCGAUUCACCAAGUCCAUCCGGGUAUUCUGUCGACCUAGCAGCCAGUGAUAAGCACAAUGCUAUCAUGGGCAAGAUGUUUCCCGCCGGCUUGGAUGCAUCGCGAAAACAACAUGACUACACACGACAGGCAUUCGACGACGACGGCAACCACACAAUCCACGUGCGGAGACAGAGCCGCGGCGUUACCACGCGGUCAUCAGCUUCGCAGAUCAAGACUGAACAAGUGGAAAGCCCUCCGAUGCAAGAUGCGGACAUGUCAGGCGCGGAGGAACAGACGGAGAUUGAGCAUGACGACACCAGCGAACGACGAAGCAGCCAGUGCGGCGGUGAAGAAGUUGCUGAAGAGGGCCCAGAUGAUGAUUCGGCAGAACAGUUACAGGCCGAGGCCGAAGAGGAACGGGAUGAGAGCCAUACAGAGGCUGUUUCGGAGACUGUCGCGGAGAAGCAGGUACCUGAUAGACCGGCUUCGGCCUCGACUGCAGCCGAAGCGGGGGAUCCCACCCCAAUAGAGAUUUCGGACUAG